CCGAUUGACUAACAGCAAAUUCCACCUGAGAAGGGGGAUCCACGUGAGCAGAGGACAAAGUCUGGCUUACUCUAGGGCAUGCAGCUCUAAUACUUGACUUUCAGGCAUGGACGGAGGGAGCUUAACUCCUCUUGAGAGGGGGGUCUCAUCGUUCUCGUCCCAUUCAUCCCAGGGGACAGCCUGGCCCAGAGCCUAGUUCGCACACCCCAGCGGGUGUGCGGAGGUGUCUGGGAGCCUUCAGCUCCGGUCAGGCGCGGCGAGGCUGAGACCUCAGUUCUCCGGCUGCCCUGCGAGGAUCAUGCCGAGACAUAGUCGUCGAGGGCAGGCGCGGAGCGGAGACGGAGCCAGCGCCUACUACACUCAGCUGACAGCGCGCAGGCUGUCAUUCAGGCGAGAAGAGCGGCUCGGGAGCGAAGGGACGGGGUCGAGGUGGGGGUGUCGUUCCUCUAGGAGUGGGAGAAAAAGGUCCCAGUUCCCAGAAGGCCGCUUUGAAAUCUCUCAUUGGGAGCGGGCAAGGGGUGGGUGGACUUCCCCGAACCGCGGAAGGGCUCGGGGACCCGGCUUGAAGCGGCGUUUGCCCAGCAAACGCAGUUUUUAUUUAGGUUGUAGGUUUAUGAAGGUAGGCUCAGGUAGGGCUGAUGGUGAUUACAGGGAAACUUCAGCUGGCAGGUCACCCCUGGCACUGCCAUGGCACCCCGCGGUGCGCGCACCUCCCAAACCCGGGUAUCCGAGGACCAGAGUGGAUGCAAGCGUAAGGCUGGGGAGGGUGGGGCGCGAGCCGGCAGGGCUGGGUAAGGGGCGGGGCCCGGCAGCAGGGGCGGGGCUCCCAGGCUAUGAGGCGGGGCCACAGCUAAAGGCGCGUAGCACAGGGCGCGGAGAUCGCCGAGUAGAGCAGCGCCCAGUGGACAGAAGAGGAAGGCUAGGAUCGCACCGUCCCAAUCCGCCAGCCAGCGUCCACGCCGCUCCCGCACCCUUACCCCUGCCGGCCCUUGCCGGACACGACCCACCGACAUGCAGCCCCGGGGCUAAGGCGGCCCGAUGGCGAAGCCCGCGUCCCCGCAACGACGGCGCAUGGAGAACUUCCGUAAGGUGCGCUCCGAGGAGGCGCCGGUGGGGAGCGGGGAUGAGGAGGGCGGCCCGGGCUCAGGCCCCUUCGCCGAUCUGGCGCCGGGCGCCGUGCAUAUGCGGGUCAAGGAGGGCAGCAAGAUCCGGAACCUGCUGGCCUUCGCCACUGCCAGCAUGGCGCAGCCAGCCACGCGCGCCAUCGUCUUCAGCGGCUGCGGUCGAGCCACCACCAAAACCGUCACGUGUGCCGAGAUCCUUAAGCGCCGCCUGGCGGGUCUGCAUCAGGUCACGCGGCUGCGCUACCAGAGCGUGCGCGAGCUGUGGCAGAGCCUCCCUCCGGAGCCCACGCCGGGGCAGAAGCCUGGCGAGCCAGCCGCCAGUCUCAGUGUACUUAAGAACGUGCCCAGCCUCGCCAUCCUACUUUCCAAGGAUGCCCUGGAUCCGCGCCAACCCGGCUACCAGCCGCCGAACCCCCAUCCCGGCCCCUCGUCCCAGCCAACUGCUCCGACGUCCAAGAGGAGUCUAGGGGAACCUGCUGCUGGAGAGAGCUCCGCGAAGAGGUCACAACCCGAGCCAGGUGCUGCUGAAGAGGAACAGACCGCCUGAGAACUCCGGCCUCUGGGCCACCUGGACGGGCUGGAUCCUACCCCCGAGCUUCGACCUUGAGACGCAUCUCUAGCCUUUCAUGCCUUGGUACUCUGGAACCUACAACGUGGCAGUAUAGACCCCAAGGCGACAAGAGGGGGACCCCAGGGAAGCUUCGUGGUGGGGUUGCUCCUCCACUUGUGUUGCCUGACGACACCUUCAGCUUUUCUGAGCCAUACGGGGACCUUCUUCAGGGAGGGAAUGGUGGGCAAUGGGAUUCUUGAGCCUUUAACCCCAAGGGUUAAAGGUUCCUGUAGGAUUCUUGAAGUGAGGUAGGAAGGUGGAAGCUGAGGAAAGCUCUUGGAAUCACCCCACCAUUGUCAGCAGAGGGCAAAGGGUUGGAAGCCACUGCUUGAGGGCGGGCGAUUUUGAGUGGCAAGGGGUAAGGGGCUAUUCUGCCCCUCACCCCAGGACAGUUUCUAGUUUUCCUUUCCCUGCUUUUAAGGAGCAUCCUGAGAUCAUGGUGGCAGGGGCGUCUCCAUAGGCUCUUUUAACAUCCCACUUUCCCCAUGCUGGCCCAGAGGGAGAGACCCAGGACAGAACUCUCCAUGCCACCUCCCCUGAGCCCCACAGCUGGAGUCUUGCUUCCAAUAAAACAAACACAAAAAUGGUUCUGUCCCUGGGUUUUUUCCUAACCACUUGCCUGUGUAGAGACUGCUCUGGUCUGCCCCCUUGUGUCUCAGUCCCCUCCAGCCUGGAAUCCUUAGCUUUUGGAGUCUUAAGGGCCAGGCACAGAAACUGGACAGCUUUGAAAUGGUGCCGGGUGCACCUUACCCAGUGCCUGGUUCCUCCCUCUUUCUCAGCCCUUCCUGGCUAGCUCCAGUAGCUUCAGGGCUUGUGGCCAGAAGGGCACCUUUGUCACCUUACGUGUUACCACUAAGGGAAAGGGAGCAGCAUACUGCUUUUCUGGAAGGGGGAGGAAGGUGAGCAUCAGUGAACUAUCCUGGGGGUCACUGCCAAGGGUGGUAGACCCAACUGGGCUCCCUAAGCCUGCAGCCUCCUGCCAAUAAACAGCCCUACCAGACGGCUGGCACAAAGCCCCCCAGACCCAUGGAUAGAAUCUACCCUUCAUUGCUCUCUCUCUCUCUCUCUGAGAAAGGACAGCACACCCUUGGGAGAGGGGGAGGAGAGACUGAGCACAAAUCCACUGCUGGAAAUUACUAUUCAGCAGAGAAGCUGGGACUUGGGCUGUGAAUCACUGCAGGCUCCCUGAUAAGCUGCUGCCUCUGGCCCUGCACAGCUGUCUGUUGAGAGAUAACAGCCUUAUAAGCCUUUCUGCCCAACUCCAAGUCAGGUAGGAGGGUGGAAGGAGUGCUGUGUACUGGAAGCACUCUAGCAAAUAUGAGGGGGAGGGGCAUAUAGCUCCAAGAUCAUAGAAGCAGACCCUGUCCCCUUGCAACUUAACAGCAUCCUUGGAAAGGAAGAGAUGGGGAAAUAUGUAAGUCACUUGGUAGGCAAAAAGCUGAAAUAAAUCCUUCUGCUGGUAACAAGAGGUAGGUUUCUGCAGUUGAUAGAAGGGGCUCUUCAGGGAGUUCACCCUCACCCCCCAGCUCUGCUUGAGCUUUGGAUAGGUGGGCCCUGUCAAAGAGACUCUGGCACGGGCUGCUCUCCCUAAUGUCUUGUUCUUGAUGAGUCCCUGGGGAGAGCCAAGGGAUUGGGGUGUGUGAGUCUGACUCUCUCAGGAGCAGCCCAGGAAGUGUGGAGAGAAUGUAUACUGUCCUGACAACAAGGUUGCCCUGGGCUGGCACUGGGCGUCUGCAUCUGAAUUUAAUGAUACAACGCAGAAGAGGUCCUGCAUGGUAGAGUCUUAGGAGAGACUGCUCUUGGUUCUGGAAGAGGGUCAACUUUCCAAGAUCACUAGUGUCUAAACUCCUGAUUGCUGGGUCACCAGGACAAUGCAAGCAGAGACUUUCUCAUUGAAGAUGUCCUGGGUCAGGAAGAGGAGAAGAUGCAGACUGACACACAGAGGGAAGAACAGCAUGUGAAGAUGGAGGCAAAGAUUGGAGUUAUGCAGCUGCAAGCCAAGGAAUGCCAAAGACUGCCAGUGAACAACAGAAGCUAAGAAAAAGGUAUAGAACGGAGUCCUCCCUGGAGCCAUCAGAGACAGCAUGGUCCUGCAGACAUCCUGAUUUUGGAUAUCUAGCUUCCAGAACUGUGAGAAAAUAAAUUUCUGCUGUUUUAAAUCAUGCAGGCUGUGGUACUUUAGGAAAACAGCCAAAAGAAACUAAUACAAUAUUCUCACCACCUUCAGUGGGAAUAGGGAAAAGGAAUAUGGGAUGUUUGCUAAGAUCUAGUCGUGCAUGGUGAAAGGCUCUUUUCAGAGUUCUGCUAGCAAAUGUGAACAGAUCAUAUUGCACAGUGUCCUAUUGAACAGAUGAUAGGCUUUGCAGGAAAUGAGGCUGAUUCUGAUCUAGAGCAAGUUAUUCUUCUCUGAGCCUCAGCUCUCUCAUCUGCAAAAUGGGCCAGAUUGCUGUGGGGAUAAUACCAGCCUUCCCAAUCUUUACUCAUCGGAAUCACCUAGGGCACUUGUCAAAAAUAUAUAUUGCUGUUAUAAAUUAAUUGGUAUAAACUGAUUGAUUUCUAAAUAAAAUAGACCUUGCAUUACAACUGAAAAAAA